UAUAACGAAGCAUUCAGAUAUGAUUAGAUGUAAACUAGAAGUAUCAUAAAUGUAUAUAAAUAAUUCGAAUCAUUCCAUGAUACAGUUCUUUUAAAUAAUUAUAAUUCUGUGAUCUUACCAUGUAUAUUCUAACAAAAAUAUUUUUAACAUAUUUAUUAUUUUCGUAUUGUGUAAUUGGUGGUCCAGAAGAAGAGCAGGGUGUUAAAUAUGCAAAUAAAUGCGAAGUUUGCAAAGUUGUUGCCACCGAAUUAGAAGCUAAACUAGAUGAAACCGGUAAAACACAUGAUGUACUUGAAAUUGGAUAUUGUGUUGAUGAUGUUCUACCCAAGAAAAAAAAAGAAUAUAAAAAAUCAGAGUUACGAUUAGUAGAAAGUAUGGAGAAUCUUUGUGAACGUAUAUUGGAUUAUAAUAUUCACAAAGAAAGAACAGACAGUACAAGAUUUGCCAAAGGCAUGAGUCAGACAUUUAAAGCAAUCCAUGAACUCGUGGAUAAAGGUGUUAAAGUUGAACUAGGAAUCCCAUAUGAAUUAUGGGAUAAACCAUCUGUUGAAAUUACUACUUUAAAAUCACAAUGUGAAGAUUUGCUUGAAAAUCAUGAAUCAGAUAUUGAAGAAUGGUAUCAUAAUUAUCAAGGAGAAAUUCCUUUAAUUAGAUAUUUAUGUUCAGAAAGAGCAUUGAAGGGAGACGAUGAUUCUUGUUUGAAGGAAAAAGGUGAAACUAGUAGUAAAAAAGAAGACAGAGAAGGAAAAAAUGAGAAAAAAAAAAAGAAACAAGACUUAAAAGCUGAAAAUAAAGAAAAAUAUGUAAAAGAAGAAUUAUAA